AUGAGCGUUCUCACUUCCGGAAUCCUUCGUUUCAUGUAUGAGGAUGCCGUUGCGGAUAUCGAAUACAAGUCAUCUGAAUUUUGGCAACACUACCUCAAACAAGAAUUCUCUGACACUCGUAUCUAUGCCGUAACGUGCGAAGUGUCGCCCGACGGCUCUCGAAGGCGAAUUGAUGUCGUGGUAAAACGAUAUGACGCUGACCAUCACACGAUGUCCGCGUUGCUUUGGGUGGAAUGCAAACGGCCUAGCGGAAGUCUUCGAGAGGUGGAAGAUCAGGCAUUGGACGCAGCCAAAAGAUGCAUCGAGUCGGACAAUUUGUUGUUCAUCUACACGAUGACCACGGUGGGAGUAUCUUUCCGCGUUUGGUUCUACGAGAGGGGCGCAGCGAGCCUCACACCGUUCCACGGAAAAGCAACAUUCGCGGAUCGUACCCAAUACAUUGACGCCGAUUCGGAUAAUGCCUGGGUAUUGCCCCAGUGUCUCUUUAUGGUGAAGGAGGAGGUGCCGCUUCGGUCAGCACCGACACUUCCAAGUCAAUCUCUGGCGGAUUUGGAGGAUGAGGGCCAGAACUACAUGGGGACCAGCCAAGAGCCGUACGACCAAGGCAAUCAGUAUUCUGGUGAACCCUCACCCUCUCAACACGCAUAUCAGCAACCUCCUGAAUCCGUUGAUGAUGCAGUCGCUGCUAGCGUUGACCUGCACUCAAGUCAGCCCAUCCAGGUCAAAGUUCGACGAGAGACACAUGUGUUCCACCCAGACAAGUACAUUUUCAAAGAUGUCAAGGGUAAGGCCAGACAAACAGUCAGGGGUGAGUGGACACAGAUCAAAUAUGGCGGGAAGAGAGUGUGGGCGUACCAUGGGAAGAGGACUACUUACAUCAGUGACAUUGAAAUUGCAUAG